AAGUCGAAUUAAUUAUCAAAAUAUAAAAUCGGUUCUCUAUUACGUGAGAAGAUGCUUCACGUAGAUGAAUUCCAAAAAGGGAAUAAUUUUUCUCCGGCAAAUCUUAGGCCAGCCUUUGAGCUGGGUCCUUGAACUGUAAACAUUCGCUUUUUCAGUGUUUCUGAGACAACGAACUGUACAGAUACUGGUACUCGUGUGCAGAAUGGUAACGUGAGAGGGAAAACAUGAAAAAACAACACAGAAAAAUAUUCAUCCUGAUAGUUUUUGUCUAUGUGGUGUUUUCCUUGUAUGCUGCAUACAAUGUAUUUUUUAAUACGAAGGUGAUCACCCGUGUCCACAGAGUGGUGAAGAAAAUCACAGCCGCAACCUCCGGUAAGCUAGCUAGCUAACGUUACUUAGCUGACAAAAUAAACUCCCUGUCCAUAGCUUUUGGGUCAUGUCCAAUGUUGUAAAUGAUCAUAUACAGUCAACACGUGAAUACCCUGCGAUGGUUAUGGACAGGUCAUCUGAAUUGGCUAUUUGAAGACCUCUAACUAGCUAGCUCCAAUAAGUGUUAUUGUACUGUUGUUCUGACGAUUACAGCUGGUGGUGUUGUGGCUGCUUACAUUGGGGAUGAGGUGUGGAACCCUUGGGAGGAUGAGCAGGCUGAUGCGCUUUCUGCUCUGCACAAACAGAGGGGGGCUUUCAGACAAUACCAGGAGCACAUUGAUAAGAACAGGCCCAAGAGAUACAAAGUUCAAAUCUGGGGGAAAGCUGCCAUAGGUAAUGCCUUUUUAGGGAUCCUCUGUGAUAAGUUGUACACUUUUGCUUUAUCUCUUACAUUUACAUUUUAGUCAUUUAGCAGACGCUCUUAUCCAGAGCCACUUACAGUUAAGUGAGUGCAUACAUUUUUCAUACUGUUGCUUGAUGCUUCCUCUUACAGUGUUAAGCUACAUUAUGGUGAAGAAAAAAAAACCUUCUUAUGGACAUUGUCACUCUGAAGUAACUCUUCUCUUCUUUCAGGACUUUACCUUUGGGAACAUAUUUUAGAAGGUCCCCUCAACCCCACUGACAUAACAGCACAGUGGAGAGAGGGGGAGAUACAGGCAGGAAAGAUAGAUUUCAGGUAAGGCAUCACAAAUGAGACUUCUAUCACAAUAUAAGAUGCAUAUGAUUUAGCUGAUGUCAGCUAUUCUGACAGCCCCCCACCCCACCCCACCCUCUUGCUCUAUAGUUUCUACACAGGCCCAGCGGUGAUCCAGGGCCACGUUCCUCUGGACACAGACAGUGUGGUUCUGGUGCUGAACGGCCGGGAGCAGCAGAAGAUCUCCUACGCCACCCGAUGGCUGCAGCAUGUCCAGACCCUGAUGCAGUUCCACGCUGUGAAUCGUGUGGCUGUGGUGCUGCUGGGCAGCGAGCGCUGCACCAACGACUGGAUCAGCCCCUACCUGAGGAGGCACGGGGGCUUUGUGGACCUGCUCUUCCUGGUCUAUGACAGCCCCUGGGUCAACGACAAGGAUGUCUUCCAGUGGCCCCUCGGAGUAGCCACGUAGGUCAUCUGAGCCCGUAUUCAUAAAGUAUCAGAGAAGGAGUGCUGAUCUAGGAUCAGUUUUAUCUUUGAGAUCAUAAUUAUAUGGACAGAGGACCUGAUCUUAGAUCAGCACUCCUACUCUGAAACAGUUUGUUAAUACAGGCCCUGAUUUAGUUUGAGGGUUUCUCUGAGUUUGUUUCUCAUGUUUCAGAAUUCUUCAUUUCUUGUUUGUCUUUCUUCCCUCACCAUAUACUUUUCCCUUCUUUCACUCAUGUUUCCAUUGUAGGUUUCAUAGUAGUCAAUUUUAACACAUAGCGUAUAGCAUUGCACCAGAAAGGAGCAUAUUUUGAAAGUGGAUCUGUAUGCCCCGCUCUGUUCAGAUACAGGCAGUUUCCUGUGGUCAUGCCAAACUCCCAGAUGGUGAGCUCCACAAGGCCCUUCCUCUGUAACUUCCUGGGAACUGUCUACAAGAACUCCUCGAGGGAAACACUCAUGGGGAUCUUGAAACAAACAGGACUGGACAAAGAGUGCAUCACUACUGCCAGAGAGAAGUAUUUCACUAUGCUAUGCUGUCACUGUCAAGCACUGUAUCAAUUCACGCUAAUGGUUUUCAGUCCAAUUUUUGCAUCCUGUCUUUCUCAAUGAGGUUUGGACCUCUAGUAGCUCACUUCACUGGAAAUACUUUUGUUGGGAGGCCUUGUUUAAUAUCAAUAUCAAUUGAGUCAACACACUCAAAUAGCAGUUCAACCCUUUUUUGAUCUUUACAUUUAAAAAUUCACGAAGAGCAAAGGGGAAUUUACAAGUACUGUGUAUAUAUUCACAACAGAAGCACAGUUUAAAUACGUAAUACAUUAAAAUUAACCCUCUGCUCACUAGACCAUACUGUCCCUCCUCCUCUCCUGCAUCAGGUGGCUUCCUCAGGAGACAGUGGAGAGUCUGAGACGGUACAAGACAGCCCUGGCCCAAAGCGAGCUCACCCUCUGCCCCGUGGGAAUCAACACGGAGUGCUACCGCAUCUACGAGGCCUGUGCCUACGGCUCUGUACCCGUGGUGGAGGACAUUGUGACCCCAGGUGGGUGCUCUGCUGCACGCAGCUCCCCACUGCGUCUCCUCAAAGCUGCAGGAGCUCCCUUCAUCUUUCUCAAAGACUGGAAGGAGCUUCCAGGCCUCCUGGAGAAGGAGAAGGGGAUGACCCAGGAGGAGAGGACUGAGAGGAGGAGGACACUGCUGGAGUGGUAUAGCAGCUUCCGCCAGCAGAUGAAGGACAGGUUCACCGAGGUUUUAGAGGAGGCCUUCUUCAAAAACAGCUAAGUCUUUUUAAAGCUCAGAGGAAAACACAAAAUGGCAAAUAAUUACGAGGUACAAUGUGGAUCUCAUUGGCAGUGUGUUUGAGGGAGAAAAGCCACAUUUUUUUGGAUUUAUGUGGGGUUAUGGCUCCAUUUUGUAAAGUUACCACUGGUAGCUGACAACUUUCUCUCACACAAGAUAAUGUUCAAACAAAACAUUUCUUUCAGUCUAUGGGUGAAUUAUAUUAGAGUGAGGUGGCUGUAAAUCUUGUUGUUCUCCAUAUUUUAUUUUACAUAGUUCAAGAUUUACAUGUAUUUAAUUUGUAUUUAUGUUGUAACAUAAAAGAUUAGGGAUUUCAGUUACUCUUGAACUACUUUCUGAAUGCACACUCCAAAGCAACAUUGUAUUCGACCUUUCAGUAAGGCCCAGUUAUUGUAUUUUUACCAGAGGAGGCUGGUGGGUGGAGCUAUAGGAGGACAGGCUCAUUGUAAUGGCUGGAAUGGAAUUAAUGUACCCGUAUCAAACA